AUUCACGAUUUAUUUCAAGAGAAUGGCAACAUGUUCUUCGCCUGGUUCUGCUCCCUAGCUCUCUACGACGGUUCUACAUAUGUCCAUCGUUUUCUCGUCGCCAGUCUCAAAAUUUGUAGAUAAAGAUUCCCGAUGUCUUUCUUCGAGGAUUCCGAUUCUUUUCGCCACCUCACCCGAUUCCGCCAGCGGUUGCAAUUUUAUUGGGAUGAGAUGUCCGCGUCGAUAGCGACGACUAAUUGCGCCGCCGCUGAGGAGGCAGAUGGAUGCAGGGACGAUUACGCGGCUCUACGGCUGAAGAUGGUGGCUUUCACGGUGAUUCUUCUUGCCGGCGCAGUGGGCGUGGCAAUCCCCCUGAUCGGCCGUCGGGUGCGAACCGACAGCGGCGUCUUCGUCUUCGUGAAGGCGUUCGCUGCCGGCGUCAUCCUCGCGACAGGGUUCGUGCACAUGCUCGACGCCGCUGAGUCGUCCUUCUCGAACCCCUGCCUCGAGCACACCCCCUGGCAGGCCUUCCCCUUCGCCGGCUUCGUCGCCAUGGUGGCGGCGCUGGCCACCCUCGUCGUCGACUUCGUGAGCACCCAGUAUUACGAGCGGAAGCACCUCGUGGAGGCGUCGCCAUCCUCUUCAGGGAUCGCCGUCCACCCAGCAGCGCCAGAAGUAGAGCCGACGACGGGGAACGAGAAAGACCCAAUGCACAUCAUCGGAUUGCACGCCCACGCGGCGGAGCACCGCCACAGCCACGCGCGUGCUAACGGCAACGCGGUACCCGCCCACUACUAUGGCGGCGACAACGACGAGGAGAACCAGGGCGGCUCGUCCCACGUACGGCACGUGGUGGUAUCCCAGAUAUUGGAGCUGGGGAUCGUGUCGCACUCGGUAAUCAUUGGACUGUCUCUGGGCGUGUCGCAGAACCCCUGCACCAUCCGGCCGCUGGUGGCGGCGCUCUCCUUCCACCAGUUCUUCGAGGGAUUCGCACUGGGCGGAUGCAUUUCCCAAGCGAAGUUCAGGAACGCGGCAGCGGCAGUGAUGGCUGGGUUCUUCGCGGCGACGACGCCACUGGGGAUCGCCGUGGGGGCGGGCGUGGCGUCUUGGUACAACGCCAACAGCCCGGCGGCGCUAGUGGUGGAGGGGCUUCUGGACUCGAUGUCGGCGGGAAUUCUGAUCUACAUGGCCCUGGUGGAUCUGAUAGCCGCCGAUUUCUUGAGCCAGACUGCAAGAUGCAACGUGCGGCAUCAGGUGGUGUCAUACCUAGCGCUCUUCGUUGGCGCCGCCGCCAUGUCAGGCCUCGCAAUCUGGGCUUGAAGGAUUUAUAUCACUUACUACGCGCAUGCCUCUCGAUUCUGCUUUCCAACUCCAGUUUUAAGAUUCAGUCGUUGAAAUUGUCAUUACUUCAUUCAGUCUUUGUGGAGAAAAGCUUGAUGCUUGCUCUCAUGGUUAGUGUGUGUAAAAUGUAACACUCUGUCGCAUAUCGACGAAGCAUUUUAUUUUUAAAUUUUAUAUUUUUUAUAA